AUGCAUCACGCAGCAGCCAUGCCCCUAUUUUCUUCCCUCCUCCUGCUUGCGGGACUGGCCGCUGCCGCUCCGGUGGUGAACCUGGACGACAAGUGCGAGUCGCAGACUAUCUGCGUUGAUGCUAUCAACACCUGCGGGAUCAAAUACGGCGGUUGUUACGACGUCUGUGACCUCUCAGCCAAACCCGUCGCGCCGCCCUGCCCGACGACCACUAAGAAGCCUCCCGUCCCUACCACCACCAAGGUUAUCACCAAAGUAACCACCCUCAAGCCGAAGCCGACCACCACUCAGAAGACCACCAAAAAGCCCACUCCCACGACAACCAAGAAGACCACCAAGAAGCCCACCCACAAGCCAACUACCAAGAAGCCCACCCCAACACCGACCAAGAAACCUACACCCAAACCAACCAGCACCAAGAAACCCCAUCCCACAACCACCAAGAAGCCCACUGUCAAGCCCCCAGUUAACCCCGACCCCGACCAAAAACUUCACCACCUCUACCACCAAAGCUGCCAGCUGCAACAACCCACGUCUCGGUCUGCUGGGGACGGUAUCAACGAGUGCGGUAUUAUGUACGGCGGGUAA